UAUAGUAAGAAACUUUGAAGAAGAAUCUUUUAAUAUGGAGUGUGUUAGAAAUGAGGUAAAUGCAUUAUACCAUGAAAUGGUAGUUGAUGCAAUGGGUGCACAGUCUGAAUACAAUGAGGGGCCAAUGGCUGAGGAGCCAAAUAGUAAGGCAAGAGAAUUUUAUGAUCUCUUGCAUGCUGCAAAAGUUCAUAUAGGUGUUGAGGGACAGGAUGUUACAGUAUUUUCAUGGAUGACAGAAAUGCUAAACAUGAAAACUCUUUAUAAUAUGAGUGCUGCUAAUUGGGAUAUGGCAUUUUCAUUGAGUCGAAAGUUGUUGAGUCCAGAGGACCAAGAAAAGGAUAACACCAAUGCUAUAUUGGAUUUACAACUGUAUUGCAAUAGAUUUGAAUUAGAAUUGAUACCUCAAGAUGAUGGAACAGCUAUAAAACCCAAUGCUACAUAUGUUCUUACUCGAGAGCAACGAGCUCUUAUCUAUCAGUGGUUGAAGGAAUUGAGAUUCUCAGAUGGGUAUGCAUCCAACAUAGCACGAUGUGUUAACAUACAGGAACUUCAAUUGUUUGGGAUGAAAAGCCAUGAUUGUCAUGUAUUCAUGCAGCGUCUCUUGCCAAUUGCUUUCCGUGAUUUCCUCAUAGAUGAAGUUUGGGGUCCCUUAACUGAGAUUAGUAACUUUUUUAGAGCUUUAACUGCUCCAAUUAUUCAAGUUAGUAACAUGAAGAUGUGGGAGGAAAAAAUUGUUGAGACCAUUUGCAAGCUAGAGAAAGUAUUCCUGCUAGCAUUCUUUGACUCGAUUGAGCAUUUGGCUAUCCAUCUACCAUAUGAGGCAAAAGUUGGAGGACCUAUCCAAUUUCGUUGGAUCAAUUCUUUUGAAAGAAAAGGGUGGUUUACUGCAUGUAAGAUUAGAGCAAGAGCAAUAAUUGACACUUCAUCAUUGAGUAAUGGUGGAAAUGUUUAUUAUCAAGAUGAUGAUCCUCCUAUGCCACAAUUGCAAGAGCAACCCACUAUUACUCAGUCACCAUUGGACGAUGACCAGUACACUGAUGAUGACGCAACAAUGGAGGAGGACACUGAAGAGCAUGGUUGUCAAAAUCGAGUUUUAAAUCGUCAGAUCGUAAGAUUUUACAAUUUUAGGUAUGGAUUUCGAGUAAAAUCUAUGUUAAAAUCGGAAUCUCAUGAAAUCAGAAGGAGAAAUCAGUGUAAUUUGGAGGCUGAGUUGGAUGCUGAGUUUGCUAUGCUUGAUGCUGAGUUUGCUAUGCUUGAUCCUGAGUUAGAUGCUCAGUUGGAAGAGGAGCUAUCACGUGCUGUCCUGAAGAUAGGACGUGGCAUGGAUAAAGGAGAUGACGCUUCUGCAAACCCGAGUCAAAGGAAGGUGCUUAGCCUUAAUUGCCGAGGCACAUUCAACCACGAGAGGUUUGGGAGGAUUGCCACAGUAAUUUGGAAGUACUUGUAUGAUGAGCCAGUGCCUUUUUGGUCUAGCUGGCCUGAGGAAAAGAAGAGGGUUGCUUGGGAGAAUUUCCAGAACGAUGCUCACCAAAAAUAUGUGGAGAAGCAUGGGACAAACAAGGAUUCGUGGCCAGAAUGGGAUCCACUUAUUUGGAAGGAGGUGGUUAGACCUCCUAAAAAGGGUCAGAUGAGAGGGAUGUCUACAUUACAAGAUCCAGCAGAGCAUGGCAUACCUUGGCGACGGUAUGACAUGAGUGAGGCCUCCUCUUCUACCACUAGGAUUCUUACGACACAGAGAGUAACAGAGAUGGAGGCCAGCUUUGAGAGGAGAUUCCAAGAGCACAUGUGCUUACUUAGCCAACAAUAUUCUAUGAAUGCUACACAACCCCAGACUGGUUAUCCUUCUUCUACACCACCCCAGACUGCUGAUCCUUCUUUUGGAGGAUUUAGACUUGAUCACUUACCACCUCCUACUUAGAGACAUUGAUAUUUAAAACUUAUAUUAUAUAUGUUUAUAUAUAUGUACUGCAUAUGUAUAUAUAUGGUGUGUAAGAUGAGAAGUUAGUAUAUAUUUAUUAACUUAAACUAGUUUUUAGUUAUGUAGUAUUUGAUUUUAAAUAAGUAAAAUAUAUAAUAUUAA